AUGUUAAUUUUCAAUAUCUAUCUAUCUAUCUAUCUAUAUCUAUAUGUAUUUUAUUAUGUUAAUUUUUCAAUAUCUAUCUAUCUAUCUAUCUAUGUAUUUUAUUAUGUUAAUUUUUCAAUAUCUAUCUAUCUAUCUAUCUAUGUAUUUUAUUAUGUUAAUUUUUCAAUAUCUAUCUAUCUAUCUAUCUAUCUAUUUAUCUAUGUUGUAUUUUAUUAUGUUCUAUUUUCUAUCUAUCUAUCUAUCUAUCUAUCUAUGUAUUUUAUUAUGUUAAUUUUUUCAAUAUCUAUCUAUCUAUCUAUCUAUGUAUUUUAUUAUGUUAAUUUUUCAAUAUCUAUCUAUCUAUCUAUCUAUGUAUUUUAUUAUGUUAAUUUUUCAAUAUCUAUCUAUCUAUCUAUCUAUGUAUUUUAUUAUGUUAAUUUUUCAAUAUCUAUCUAUCUAUCUAUCUAUCUAUCUAUCUAUCUAUCUAUCUAUCUAUGUAUUUUAUUAUGUUAA